AUGUCAGACAUCAAAAAAACAAAAAUCGCAGACCAAUUGAAGGUGUUCCUCAGAUCCGACAAGGCCACCGUCCCAACCAAAGGUUCUGCUCUCGCUGCAGGCUACGACAUUUAUGCCUCUGAAGAUGCCACCAUUCCAGGUCAAGGACAGGGCCUUGUUGCCACCGAUAUCUCGGUGAUUGUUCCUGUGGGAACCUACGGGCGUGUUGCUCCAAGAUCCGGACUUGCGGUCAAGCAUGGAAUUUCCACCGGUGCUGGUGUCAUUGACGCUGACUAUAGGGGAGAGGUGAAGAUUGUUCUUUUUAACCAUUCGGCCAAGGAUUUCGAAAUCAAGGCCGGUGACAGAAUUGCACAAUUGGUCUUGGAGAAGAUCAUCAAUGCUGAUAUUGUGGAGAUCACCAAGGAGGAGUUGGACACCACUGACAGAGGUGAGGGUGGCUUUGGCUCGACUGGUACGAACUAG